AUGGGAAGGGAGAAGACAACAGAUUUGGAGUUUGAAGCAAGGAAAGACAAGAAAAAGUUAAAGGAGAAAAGGAAGAAGGAUGAAGCUGAUAGAAAUUCCUCUUUGAUUGAAGUCUCUAAGGACAAAAUGGGCGAGUUAGUUCAGGUGCAGAAAUUUGACAGGAAUGGUGGAGAAGGGGUCAAAAAGAAGAAGAAAAGAAGAGGGAAAUGA